UGAUAAUGUGCAGAGUUAAGAUUAGCUUUAUUUAUGAUAGAUACAGUUGGGGCUUGCAAAUGCGUUGCCAUUCUAUUUAUUUGACCGUUCAAGUAAUCGCUUAAAAGAUACGGUAUGAUCAGAAGUACAUAUUUUGAUGUGACGACAGCCUAUUAAUUAUGUUAUGAAUUUAGUUUAUCAAAAUUGAAAUUUACACUUAACAUUAACCUUUUGAAGGAAAUCUCAGGAUAUCGGGGUUUAAUGGUUACUCCCACUAUGGAGCAAUCAAAAACAACAGCCUGGCCAAAGAUACAUGGACCAGAAAAUGUACGUUUACGGGAACAACUAGGAAGUUUUUGUAAGGACACCAGUUUCACUGCGAUAGUAAAUAUAUAUCGAGCUACAAGUGUGUUUAAAAGAUUGGCAUGGUUUCUAACAUUUUUGUUUUGUCUUGGGUGGUUAACGUUCCAAUGUUAUCAACUCUUAGACAGAUAUUUCUCAUAUCCGUCAGAUGUAAAAAUAGAAAUAAAUAGUGUGACAGAACUGGAUUUUCCUAGUGUUACUGUGUGCAAUAUGAACCCUGUCAGAUCAUCAGCUCUCUUUUCACCUCCAUUUGACCAAAUGCUAAGUUACCGGAAAGAUCAAUUUUCUGAGGGUAACAGCCUAUAUGAUGCCGCUAAGGAAAUGUUUUCGGAAGCUAUGGGAAUGGGUCCAGGGCACGAUUCGGGGUCCGGUCAGAUUAUGGGUUCGAGUUCGGAUCCAGUUAACAAUGUUAACAACUCCACAGAAGGCCACCAGAUGAUGACGACGACGACAUCAUCUACAGCCGAUUUUGAGAACUAUAUCAGUACUGGUUUUAAUCAAUGGGAUAUCCUAGACGAGAAAAGCGUGAAUGGGUUCUACAAUACGACAGAUUCAGAGUUCGAUGCUUCGUUUAAGUAUGCAUAUUUGUCAGCAAAAGUAAAUAAGAGUUUAGCUAUUUCAGUGGGACAUUCCUUGAAGACCUUCAUGAUUAGUUGCAAAUAUGGUGGAUUUCAAUGUUCGCCGCAGAACUUUACAACUUUUCACAAUCACAAGUAUGGAAACUGUUUUACAUUCAACCAUCCAGAUAAAGGAGAUUCUUUAAAAGCUAAGUUUCCUGGACCUUUAUUUGGCCUUUCACUGGAGUUAUACCUUGAACAGAGUGAAUACAUACCAGCUCUAUCUCCAGAAGCAGGUGUCAAGGUUGUUGUUCAUCCACGAAAUACCAUGCCAUUUCCUGUAGAGGAGGGUAUCUCUGUAUCACCGGGUUACGCAACAUCUAUUGGGUUAAACGCUGUUGAAAUGAUAAGAUUGGAACCUCCACACGCAGACUGUGCUACGAAAGGAUUAAUAGAGGAUAUUUAUAUGAAAAAUUUAAAGACAAAUUAUUCCAAGUUAUCGUGUAUGAAAACUUGCUACCAGAUGUUGAUUAUGGAAGAAUGUAACUGUUCCAACCCAACUUUGUAUGUGGAAAAUAUAGAAAAUGUGUGCAACAUGACCAACAAUACUAUAGCAUGGUGUGCACAAAAUAUAAAGACAACAAGGCAAGCUGAUUAUAAAGCAUGUGAUGCCAAAUGCCCCCAGGCGUGUUAUGAACAAAGGUAUGAAAAAUCCAUUUCCAUGGCAGCUUGGCCCUCUUCUUCGUACGAGAAUCAACUAACACGUAGGGUGGAAAGUAGUAGCAGUAAUUUCAGAGGAUAUUCAAAAUUGGACUCAACAGAAUUUGUAAAACUACGCGUGUAUUUUCAAGAAUUGGUCUUCAAAAGAAUUGAAGAUAAGAAAUCAUAUGAGUCAAUGAAUUUGAUCAGUGAUAUUGGUGGUCAGUUGGGUCUAUGGCUGGGUUUAUCAGCGAUUACUAUUGGAGAACUCUGUAGCUUUUUGUUACUGGUCUGCAGAGUGGUGUACAGAAAGAUGUUACCAAGAAGAACAACUCCUAUAGAAAAAGUGAAACUAGAUAACGUAUCUUAAAGGAGCACUGUUGAGUAUAUCUCGUUACCGUUCAAAUGUGCUUUGACAAUAUUACAAUAUUCGAAGGUCAUCAACAAAAUAAUUAGUUACCUUGAAACGUAUUGCACAAUAUACGUUUGAAAGUAUAUACUGCCAGCUAGUAUACAGCUGUUGAGUAAACAUUCCUUAUAAACUGUUGGUCACUACGAUGACAUCGGCGUUUGAGAAAAUUCAGACUGUUUUCGAAAAUUGACUAAAUUGUUUUGCGACCAUGAAUAAAGAUUUCUUAGUUAAUUAUGAAUGGAUUAUAAUCAAAUUGGUGUAAAGUGAAUAAAGUAAAAACAGGCUUUAAGUACAUACCACUUCUAUAUUGUCAUUUUAACUAGACCAUGUUAACUCGGAAUAAGAAUGAAAACUUACAAAUUCCAUGUGGUUCUGUCUCCAUGGUAAAUUGCGUCGUUAAACAUGGCUGUAAUAUCAGGCAAUAUUCGUUCAAACAAAUAAAAAGACUAUCAAUAAUA